CGCCGCGCUUCUCUCCAUCACAAAGACGACGCAAAGAAGCUGAUCACCAUGACGAUAGAAUACCAUGAUGACAUCGACGAGUCCAGCAGCUCCUUUUGGAACAAAAAUCCCACAUUGAACCCUCGCUCAGGCGGCGUGUCCAGGCUCACCCGUCGAUUGUUUCCCAUUCUGACCGCCGCAGCCAUCUUGAUUCUGACAAUUGCGCUGGGAGCCAGCUACUCGACGAUGGCGAGUCGGUUGUGGUCGGCGGAGCAAAGCGUUUCCAAUAUCAGCCAAUCACUGAGCGGCAUCCAGCAGUUUACUGCAGACGCCGCCAAAGAUGUGGAGCGACUCCAGUUUGCGGUGGCGAGCAACAAAGACGAGCUGCGUUCAACCUCUGAGGCCUUGAAGCAGCUCGCCACUCUGGACACCAUUAGCAAAACAGUAGCCACUCUCCAGUGCUCCCUUGAACGCAUCAUCAACAAUGGUUCGACAUCGAAAGACAGCGGCUGCUGUCCUCUGGGCUGGGAGAGGAUGGGCUCCAGCUGUUUGAUGUUCGCAAGGACGCUGCUGUCCUGGCACGACGCACGCGAUUGGUGCAACGGUCACGAGUCGCACUUGGCCAUCAUCCUGUCAGAUGAAGAAUGGGCCUUUGUGCGCCGCCACUUGUCGGGCGUCUUCUAUUGGAUAGGCCUGAGUGACGAGAGAACGGGGUCGUGGGAGUGGGUCAACCAGACCCCUUACGUCAUGAACCGCAGGCACUGGCGGCCAGGCCAGCCUGACAGCUGGACGCACCACGGCAUGGGACCCGGAGAUGAGGACUGUGCUCACGUGCACACGGACGGACGCCUCAACGACCUGCACUGCUCCACCAGGCUGUCCUUCAUUUGCCAGAGGCAGGUCUGACCAAAAAAGUCAGGAAAGCACCUGUGCUGACACUUUUUAAUGAAAACAGAAUAAAGUGUAAAAUAUACACUCA